GUCCAAUAAAUGUAUGUGAUAGCAAUCGAUAAAAGACAUCAGUUGAUUAUAGUGUUGGGAGAAUGUGGCGGGCCGGUGUGCUGUUUUUAGCGUUCUUUGCGCGGGCGCAGGACGUCUUACAAGUAGCCGACUUCACGACACCCGACGUCCCAAAUACAAGAAUUAUUGGAGGAAAUAAUACAUCUAUAGAGAAGUAUCCUUACACAGUACAGAUCCUGUAUGAUUCUCAACUGUCAUGUGGAGGAGCCCUCAUCACAUCUCGUCACGUGCUCACCGCGGCACACUGCUUUGUGGCAUCGAACGGCAAGAUUGUGAGUCCGAGAUACUUUACAGUGAGAGCUGGUUCCACUUAUCUAGACAGAGGUGGUAAUGUGUAUAGCGUGUCAGCGAUUACAGUCCACGGCUCAUACAACAAGCCGGCGCGCAGUAACGAUAUCGCCAUAGUAACACUGAGCAAAGCGGUGAAUUUCACGAGCAGUGUAAGGAGCGCGGUAAUAGCGUCAUCUGGUGCGGUGGUACCAGACAACGGAUCGGUGGUGGCAGUGGGAUGGGGACGAACUACGCUCGAUGGACCUGAAUCCCAGGUGCUCCAGGCGGUGGAGGUAUUCAAAGUGUCUCAGCAGGAGUGCUCCAAGCGCUACGACGAGCUUCACCAGUCUACCAACAGCCCCUUCCCCGUCACUGACGGCAUGAUAUGCGCCGGAUUACUUGACGUCGGAGGUAAAGACGCGUGUCAAGGCGACAGCGGCGGUCCGCUGAUACAUAGAGGGGUGGUGGUGGGGCUGAGCUCGUGGGGCUACAGCUGCGCGCUACCCUACUUCCCCGGAGUAUACACCCGAGUCGCUACAUACGCCACCUGGAUCAACAGCACGAUAAAUAACUCCGGCUACCGUCACUUCCUAGCCGACGUCUCCUUACUUAUUACAUUACUACUUACCGUCUCUUCUCUGUUCACGGUCACGUAGUCCGUACCUUUGUCUGUGAGCGCCUCCUCGACCCACAAGUCAGCUGUGAGAUCGUUCGUUCGUGCGGUGAGGCGUUUCGGUUGGGCGGGCGGGGCGAGAGCCGAGGGCGCGGCGGGCGG